AUUGGGGUUGAAGGAAGGACCCAUGAGGCGGGGCAAUUCUCUUGAGCUGCCUUAGGUCUUCUACCAGGUGCAACUUUCAGCUUCUAUCGGCGCUUUUUUACACUUUCAUCUGAUAAUUUAUUAUUAUUAUUAUUUUACCUCUUUGUAACGUUCUAGGUAACUUAAGGUAACUUAAGGUAACUUGAAGUAGCUUAAAGUAACAUAACUAGACUCCUUUCCGCUUUGCCGGUAUCGUCCGAUUCGAUCAUCCCAAUUUGGUUUACUACGUCCUAGAAAAAGGUAUUCCUUAACUAACUUACCAGCCAAAUCAUGAUCUUGACGGCGAAGACACUUCGCCCUCGACACCCGACCUGAGAAUGGGGUAAAAACGAAGCUGGUGAGCUGCGCCGGAUAUGUUCAGAGGCAUCAACCAGCAGCAGCAUCACCAUAAUCGCUCAUCACCAAGAAAUAUAGCAGACGCAUCAAUCAUCGUCGAUAGCUUCCAGCUUCAAGCUUUCGGCUUCCAUCCUCCAUAAUAAUGGACCCCGCCUCUGUUUCUUCCUUCCCACCACAACCGCCGCCUCCACCUCAACCGCCUCCUACUUCUAUCCCUCCCCCGCCGCCGCCCGUCUCUGAAGGUCCUUUGUCGCACGAUAUUCGCCAUCACGAUCAUCACCCGCCUCAAGCGCAUCACUUCCGAGUCCCGUCCCUGUCGUCGCACCCGAAUAUCGGCCUAUCCCCCCUCGAUCCCGCAGAUUCAGCCGUCUUCCAACAACACCUCCAGCGUUUACACGCCGUACCGACCGUACCUGUUGUUCAAGGCGACUUUGUUCCGCACGGUCGAGAUGGAUUCGAUCAGGAUCCUAAUCCGGCUCACAUGCUCCAGAACACGCAUAACCAAUCCACGUCCGACCUCCAUCGAACCCCACAUCAGCAUCAUGCUCCUCUCCCACCACCAUCCUCGCAUUCGGCGCCGCCCGCGCAUGGCCAAUUUGGUAUCCUAACACAAAACCCAAUGGCUCAGCCUAAUGUAGUGCCUCAGCUUCAGCCAGAAGAGGACUUGUUCCCCCAGCCCUCGCAAGUCAAUUCCUCGGGUCCCGAAGCUUCCGAACAGAGACCCCAUGGCCAAUUGGUCAAUAGGAUAGUCGUUGACCCACCUGACCUACAAGCUUGGCGCGAGAAGCUAUUCAAUGUUGACGAUACUAUCAUUUUGACUAAUGACCAAUUCGAGACUUACUUCCCUCAUAUCGACAAUGUUUAUUCUCAUCGAUCCACGCAGAAGUACAAACGUAAACCGUUCAUCUCGCAUUACUGGGAUUGCCGAAUGAAAGGACGACCGCCGGGUACCCCUAAAUCGGAUGACCCCUCCAAGAAGAAACGGAAACGAAGUGCGCGCGAGAGGGAUCUCUGCGAUGUCAAGAUCAAGAUAACCGAAUAUUUCCCAGGGGCGACGAUUCUUCCUGACGGGGAUGCGACCUUCAAUUUGGCGCAAUCGAGUGCCUACCAACCCCCGCAGCAACAGCAGCAGCAGCAACAACAACAACAAACGUUUGGCGACGGUCUGUCGCGGCCUGUAGAUGCUCACUUAAACGGGGAAAAGUUUUGGACCAUACAACGUGUUAAUGGAAAUGGGGGAAACGGGAAGGGCGACGGUGUCGCUGGUCCUCACAAACAUAGCCUGGAAAAAAGCGAUGAGAUUAAGAAAUCUACCGUUCAGAGGUAUAUUGCUGCGCAAGAGAAGGAGGCAAAGAAGAUCCAGAAGCCGCUACCAAAGAAGAUGUCAGGAAACGCGCUCGCAACGGCAAAGAAGCACGCGAAGGAGCAUGACCUGAAGAUAUAUGCUGCUUGCUUUUGUCCCUUUUCCCAAAGAGUAUGGAUUGCCCUCGAAGCGAAGGGCAUGCAGUACCAGUACUGCGAGACAGACCCGUUCAAGCGCCCGACCCAGUUGCUAGAGGCAAACCCUCGAGGCCUAGUCCCGGCCAUUCGGGAAGGUGAAUGGGCCAGCGGCGAGAGUGCCAUCAUUCUAGAAUAUCUCGAGGACCGUGACCGGACGGUGCCCCUUUUCCCCACGGAUCCGAGGCUGAAAGCAAACUGCAGACUGUGGAUUGAUCACAUCAACGCCAAAAUCGUCCCAGCAUUCUUUGCUCUGGCGAGGGCAACCGACUUUGCGAAACAGGCCGAGUACAGGGAGAAGCUUCAAGGUGAAAUAGCGGCCCUCGUCCAAGCUGCUGACGAAAGGGGUCCGUAUUUUCUCGGAGGAGACUUGUGUCUCGUAGACAUUCACUUCGCGCCCUUCGUCCUGCGUAUGUCCCGUAUCCUCCGAGAGCUACGCAGUUGGGGAGACCCAAUGCCACGCACGCGGUGGCAGCAGUGGGCUGACGCACUCGAGACAAAUCCGCACGUCCAGGCUACCACCAGUCAAAAGGAGCUCUACACCGAGACAUUAGAUAUGUUUCUUAAUAGCCGCCAACCCCACGGCGAACACUUCGGGUCAUAGUAGGGCCAUCAGACCAUACCAUCUUAUUCUUCUAAAUAUAUACUUGCCACUUAGGAAUACGUAACCCAUAAAUAGGUAAGGGGAGGGGAAUGUUCAAGGAGUACAUUUAUAUAUACAUAUACAACGGAGGCGGGCGAAUCUGGCUCGGGUGCUCAGGGUGGUUCUUCGUUUCUCGAAUUUCCCUCCGUUCUCUUUUUUUCUUCUCUCUUCCCGCGAUAGAUCGUCGUUGUUCGGGGGAUGAGCUCAAAAAAGGGGGGUGUAGGCGAUAUAGGAUCGGAGUUUUGUUUCUAUUUAUCUAUUUAUUUGAGUAGGGGGUCAGCUGUCGGAUCCGAGUUUCGUAUAUACACAGGUAUGCAUAUUGGCAAGACGCCCCGUGGAGUUGUGAUACAUCGAGCUAUCUAUGUUACGGAUAUUUAAAAUGGUGUGGUAUGCGUGUGUAUCGGAGUUGGUUUGCUUGUGAUGUUGCGCUUAAGAGGAGUGGGUAGUAUGUAUAUACUAUAGGUAGUCUUUAUGGGCGAUAUAUUACAAUACCUAGUAGCGCUAAG